UUGACAGUUCAAACCGCGCCAAUUUGUUGUUGCAUGAGUGCUUUCUUAUUAUUUACACCAUUCGUGGAACGAAAAACCUUUCGUAGAUUUCCUGAGGACUAGAUACCGAACAGUGAACAUAAGAAGUCUAUAGCGAAUUAAAAUCUGUGAAGAAAUGAUCCUCAACAAGGAAGAAUUGGACGAGAACCAAAAAGCAGCGUUGAACAAGUUCAAGGAACAAGUCCAAAGCAAUCUGAAGGAUCAUCAUGAUGACCAUUUCUUGAUUAAAUGGCUUCAAGCUACUGAUUUUGAUGCUCAAAAAGCAGAAGACAUGUUUCGCCAGAGUCUUUGGAUAAGGAAAAAGUUUGACUUAGAUUCUGUUUUGUCAUCAUACCAUCCUCCAGAGGUUCUCUUGAAGUAUGAUCCUGGUGGUUUCUAUGGUUAUGACAAGGAAGGCUCACCAAUCUUUGUGGAUCCACUAGGACAAGUUGACUUCAGAGGUAUUCUUCAUUCUGCUAAGAAAGAGCAAGUGUUGAAGUUCAAGGGUUAUCGUGCUGAACUUGGGUUGAAGAUGGCUAGAGAAAAAUCCAAAGAGUUGAAUAAGCCAGUUUGUCAGGUUACAUGUAUCAUUGAUAUGGAAGGAUUUGGCUUGAAACACUUAUGGGGACCAGGUAUUGAUCUCUUUAACAAUGUACUGACGAUGUACGAACACAAUUUUCCUGGAUACUGGAAGAGAAUCUUUGUCAUCAAAGCUUCUUCUAUUGUACCUACUGGAUACAGUUUAUGCAAACCAUUUCUGAGUGAAUACACAAAGGACCGAAUUAAGAUAUUUGGUGCUGACUGGAAGGAAAAACUACAGAAGUACAUUGAUGUUGACAAUCUACCAGAAUACUAUGGUGGUACAGGUUGCGAUGAAAAUGAUCCCAAGUGUAGCUCCAAGAUUUGCUAUGGAGGAAUAAUACCUGAAAGCUAUUACCUGGCAAAAAAGCCCUUUGGCCAGGCAGAUGGUUCUACCGUGGCUACAGUAGACAGGGGCAAGAAACUGGAAAUAGUGAAAGAAAUAGAAACACCAGGAAGCAUACUUAGUUGGGAAUUUAGAACCCAAGAACAUGACAUUGGGUUUGGUAUCUUCCUGUGCUCUCCAACACUAGAUGACCAAGAUGAUAUGGAUGAUGUGCUUCCUAUACAAAGAGUAAACAGCCAUCUCUCACCAGAGAUUGGUUCCUUUGAAUGCGAAUGUUCAGGAAAAUAUGUUAUAAGAUUUGAUAACACCUACAGCUGGGUAAGAAAGAAAACUGUAGAAUAUAGUAUUGAUAUCAGCAUUCCUAGUGAAGGUAAACCAGAUCAAAAACAACAGUAAAAAAAAAAAAGAUUCAACACCAACUAUUCCAAAAUGUGUCUGUUGUACUAGGUCCAAGAUUAACACAGCUGAAUUCAUAUUGACAGUCAGGCUGAACCAAUGGAAUUUAGAUGUGUUGUGAUUAUGUUUGUACUGCUUGAAGGGAACCAGUCAGAGCAUAGGCCGCCCAACUAUUACUUUAGAGAAGAAAAAGGACAAAUACGCACGCUUUUACGUACGCUAGCGUUAUCGGCGCGCGCUCUUAGCAAUAUGCGUGUUACAUGUGGUAUUACAUCAAUGAUCCCUAGCCUCGCGGGAUCAAACUAGUCUUUCAUAGACUAGUUUUUGAUCCCAUGGGAUCAUUCAUGACGUUAUACCACAGGUAAUCUGCAUUUUGCCAAGAGCGCGCGCCGAUAACAAAAGUGUGCGCAUUUCAGCCUUUUCUUUCUCUCAAGCAAUAGUUGGGCGGCCUAUGGUCAGAGUUGCUUUUAUUUAGCACCAAAUUAAAAAUGAAAUGAUUGAAUAUGAAAUUUGUUAUGGCCUGAACAACAGUGAUUAGUUGGAAUAGUUGGAUAAAAUAGUAAUAUUUAUUUUAGGGUGAUAAUUUGAUAACGAAUUAUGGGUGCUAAGGUUAAAAUAAGAAAUGUUCAAAUUAUUUCCAAUUAGCUUAUUCUUUGAAAAAGAAUUAGUUAAAAUAUCUAAAUGGUAUUUUUUUUAGAGGUUAAAAUUUGUAAAUUAUACAAUUAAACUACUGAGUAGGUAAUGUAUUUAAGGAGAUUUCUGUUGGUUGUGAGCUAAAUUGCCUUAAUGCAGAGUCUUGCUGUAAAACAUCUGAAUUUCAAAUGGACGAUUUUGAUGGCUGAGUGGCUGGCCACCACUAA